CCCUCACGACCCCAUCAUGCCGCCAUUCUUCAACAAACACAAGGACUCCAGUCCCCCAGAACCUCCAGGUGAAGCCGCUCCCGACGCUGUGGACUCGCCCAUCCCCCUAGUUGCCUCUCCGGAUGCCUUGGAUACGAACGAUGAUAGCCCACACCCUGUAAUCAACGCCCCGAAGCCAGAAAACACCGACGACCUCGAUACUGCUAAGCGAAUGGAUGAUGCCUUCAAGGUCACUGACGAUGCGCAAAGUGGGUACAGUAAGUACCAGGGGUCGACCUCCGUCAAGCUCGUAAACCGCUCAGGCGAUAUACUUGGGGCGAUCAAGACAGACGUAACCAAUGCACAGACCUUCGCCUCGCCCCUCAAGCCCGUAUACGAAAGCGAGGCUAUGAAAGUGUUCCGGACCGGCGUGAACGCACUGGCCAACAGCCUCCCAGGACUUGUCAAAGCCCUGGACGAGGUUGCAAAGCUGCAUCCGUUCAUCGGAAUCGCUGUUGGAGCAUUCCGGAUCGUCGUCGAACUCGAUCUGAAGCGCCGGGACAACGAUAAGAAGAUCGCGGCGUUGUUCCUCCAGAUGAAGGACAUGAUGGAGGCCUUGCUCCAGCUGCGGUCGAUCAAAGACCAUGAGAGUGUGGGCCCUGGCGGCCAGACCAUCAAGGCUCGCAUGCAAAACCUCGUCAAGCAGACCGCCGACGACAUCACUGCAUGCGGAAACGCCUGCGACGCCUACUCGAAAAAGCGACUUGUCGUCAAGGUUAUCAAGGGCACGCUCUGGGACGGCAUGCUCAAGGGCUAUAUCGACAUAUUCGCGAAGCGCCGAAAGGAGUUCACCUUCGCGCUGUCCAUCCACACUGGGAUCGGCGUGGACGACGCAAAUCGCAAGCUCGACUCGCUCGACUCGAAGAUGGACAUCCUGAUCGAAUUCUUCACUACCGCAGUGACACCGGAGUUCAAGGAGCUCGCAGCACUCGUGCAGAAGAAGGGCGGGGCACGUGCGGUGAUGGACAGCGACGAGACCCUCAACGAGCUGCUCGAGUUCAAGGCCACUAGCGCUGAAACAACGUCGAAACGAGCAGAGCAUGACGGUCCCGAGCACAACAGCUACCUGAGAAAGGGUGACCUAGAUGCGCUCAAGCUGGAGCUGUUUGAGAGCCCCGAGCUCGCGAUCAAGAAGAACUUCGACGUGUUUGAGCGUAAGUUCAAGAUGCAGCAGAGAGAACUUUCGGAGGAGAUGCGGCGGGUGGUUCACCACGAGGGCGACCGUGUCAUCGAGGCCGUGACAUCUGGCUCUCACGACAGAAUCAUCGACCCGGAAAUCCACGAGAUAUGGAAGGAAAUGCGUUGGCCAGGACACGUCAAAGCGCGACACUUCGUACUCGCCUUACGCGACUAUUACCGCCAGCAGAUAGAGGCGAAGAAGCGAGCGAAGGGCGCAGAGAACCCGUCACGCAUCGACGACGACGACGAGUGGGCGCUGGAGUGGAUCAGUAUCAAUAGGCUCCAAUCAAUCGCCGAGGCUUUCGACGAUGAUGCAUCAGGCUUCAUUACAGUUGCUGAAGUUAACCAGUUCACGACAGCGCGUCCGAAAGGUUGGAGUCUAUCACAUUGGGUGGCCUAUUGGGCGAUAGGGUGGCAAAUGACGGCGACAUACUAUCGAAACAAGAUCGUCGAUCUAUUGGGGAAGAUGUUUGCCGUACAGUCGCUCAUCCAUCCCGCAAACGCGCAGGCCGUGGAGAAUUAUCUCGCGACGGUGUACAAGAGCGUCUGCACCCUUACGUCGUCCUUCGUUUGCGCGAAUGAGUCCGAUGCGUUGGAAGCGCGCUUCCAGAGCUACGUCGACGAGGAGGAGAAACGCUUACGCGAGGGCCUUGAGACUGUGCGGUACGACAUAGACGCUAUAGACACACUCACACUCGUUACCGGGCCGGGGAGGAUCGAGAAGUACUUGUUCCCCCUUCUUUAUCUGCUCCUGAAGCGCGACUAUGAGAUAUUCCGCUUGUGUCGCAAGAUGGUCGUUCAUAAAGAUGAGCUGUGGGACUCUGCCGACACGUUGGUCUGGGUGUUUGAUGCGAUAGAUUUCCGUCAUAACGACCUAGAAGUGCUCUUCAAGCAGCAAAACUUAGAUCCAGCACAACGGUUCAAGGUGCACGCAAACGGGCUACUCGAAUACUGGCACAACGGCGAUAAAUUCUGGUCUCUUGAGAACCUGCGCAAGUGGAAGUUCACGGAAUACGAGUAUGUUGACGCGGAGGAGGACCAGGAGGUCGACAUCUCGAAGCUCUUAAAUUAUCCUUCGGCGGCGGACAGCCUCUACAACGACGUCGAGGAGAUUGUGACCGAGAAUGACACGCGAGCGGACGACGAUGUUAGGAUGAUGUAG